AACUAUCAGUCGUGAGGUAAUAGUCGGUGACAACGGUAUAAUUGGUCUGAUCAGUUUCGUCCCGGUUAGGAUCAGGAUCGCUUAACGUCGGUGUCGUUGAAACGUGUCAAGAUGUUUGGGCUCACGUUCGCAUUGAUCGUGGUGUAUUUGUUGGCGCUCUAUGUGUAUGCCAAAUUUAAAUACAGAUUUGCGAACAAAAUUCCAUCCACAGAACCGAUGGUGCCAUUCUUUGGAAAUGGGUUGGAGUUUGCGCAGAAAAAUUGCUACAAGAUUUUCGUGAAUUUGAAGCGGGUUUUCGAGAACAACAAACACCAUCGUCUGUUCAAGUUGUGUUUUGGACCGAUUGUGGUUCUAUGUCCAACGCAUCCCGAUUUGAUCCAGAAGGUGAUGACCGAUACGGGUAGCAUGGAGAAACCGUACGUGUAUGAGUUUUUGCGCGUAGAUUUGGGGCUGCUGUCGGCGAAGUAUGACACCUGGAAGGUUCAUCGCAAACUGCUGAAUCCCACGUUCAACACCCGCAUCCUGAACAGUUUCAUUCCGAUCUUCAACGACUGCGCGGACAAAAUGAUCGAGAGCAUCCAUGAGCACGCAGCCCCCGGCAAAGUACUGAACAUUCUCGAAUUCACGUCGCCCUGCACUCUGGCCAUGAUCUGCAGGACGUCUCUUGGUGGAAAAGUACUGGAACGCGAAGGCACCCAGAAGUUUGUGGAAGGACUUGAGAUUAUUCUUAGCAACGUAGGCCUUCGCAUGUUCAACGCCAAUCUCCACCCAGAUAUUGUGUAUCGCUUCACACGCUUCUACCGUCGCGAAAUGGAGUCCCGGAAGUUCUGCUACGCAUUCACGGAUAAGAUUAUCCUAGAAAAACAACAGGAGCUUGCCGAAGCCAAGACCAAGGGAAAGCAGGACACGAACAACAACGCAAGUGAUUCCGGCAACGACAACUUCGAGGAGGAGGAAGAUGAUCUGUUGUCGUACAAGAAACCGCAGAUCUUCAUCGAUCAGCUGUUGACGAUUCCUCUGCCCGACGGGAAACCCUUCUCGCAUAAGGAGAUCUCCGAUCAUAUCUACACGAUGAUCGCUGCCGGAAACGAAACUUCGGCCACGCAAGCGGCCCACACCCUCAUGUACCUGGCGAUGCAUCCGGAAGUUCAGGAGAAAGCCGUUAAAGAAAUCAAGGAGCUGCUUCCCACCCCGGAAUCCAAGAUCACCUCGGAGGUCAUGAAGAAUAUGGUCUACAUGGAGAGGAUCAUCAAGGAAUCGCAGCGCCUUGCACCGGUUGCGGCCGUUUAUGGUCGGAAAACUAUAGCGGAUCUUCAGCUGGAUCAGUUCACGAUUCCGAAAGGAAACAUUUUCAUUUUGAACAUCUUUGCCCUGCAUCGACGAAAAGAAUACUGGGGUGAGGACGCUGAGCUGUUCAAUCCUGAUCGAUUCCUCCCAGAAAACAGCAAGAAUCGACAUCCGUUCGCGUAUCUUCCGUUCAGCGGUGGUAAUCGAGGCUGUAUUGGAAACCGUUACGCCAUGAUGAGUAUGAAGACGAUAGUGUCGGCCAUUCUGCGAAACUUCAAGAUAUCCACCGAUCUGGAGUAUGAGAAAAUCGAAUUCAAGUUCAAGGUAUCGAUGCACUUGUCAGGGCCACACCGUACCUUUGUCGAGCCACGCAAUCUCUACGGAUGAUCAUGACCGCGGCAGAUCCACUAGAAUAAGCGCUUAAACCUUAACAGUAGAACCCACUUAACAUACCUUUCACUCUGGUUGUUGCAUAUGAGGUUCUUUGGUUACCAGUUAGUAGCUUGCAAUACCGAACGCCGUGUACUAGUUUAUCGAUCGCUAGGCUAUGUCUAUAGUUUGCAACUCUGUAAUUGGAAAACAAUAAAGAAUACGCAUACAUACGUGAA